CAGACGGGGCUGGUUCCAGAGCGGUCAGUGAUCUGAUCUGAGCUGAAGCAAAGAUAAACUUUCAGCUCAUUUGAUCUUAAAGCUCAGAUCUGAAAAGAAACUAAACACCUGCGUUGUUUAGUUUUACAUACUCGUUAGUGCAGAGCUCGACGUUUGAAAAGAAACUGGUGGUUUCUGUCAAGACGAGCGGCAGGAGCUUUCAACAUGUACGGCGCUAAUUACUCAGGGUUCGGGAGCAGCAUAAAAGUGGAGGAAAAGAGGAUUGUUCUGGUUGGGAAGACCGGAGUGGGGAAGAGCGCAACGGGAAACACCAUCCUGGGGAGGGAGGCCUUCGAGUCGGACAUGUCCCCAUCUUCGCUCACGGCCGACUGUCAAAAAGCCAAGGGCGUGAUUGAUGGUCGGCCAGUGUCUGUCAUCGACACGCCGGGUCUCUUCGACACCAAUUUCACUCAGGAUGAAGUGCUGGACAAGAUCAAGAUGUGCAUCUCCCUGUCUUCUCCGGGUCCUCACGCCUUCCUGGUGGUUCUCCAGAUGGGCAGGUUCACCAAGGAGGAGAAGGACACCGUCAAGAUGAUUCAGACCACUUUUGGAGAAGCUGCAGACAGAUACACGAUGGUCCUGUUCACGCACGGAGACCACCUGAAGCAUCAGUCCAUUGAGAGCUUCAUUUCCGAGAGCGCAGACCUGAAGGCCCUCAUCUACAAGUGCCACAACAGGUACCACGUCUUCAACAAUGAGAUCAAAGACCCCAAGCAAACCUGGCAGCUGCUGGACAAGAUCGAUGAGAUGAUCAGGAGUAACGGUGGAGGCUACUACUCCAACGACAUGUUCGUUAAAGCGGAGGCGGCCAUACUGAAGGAGAAGGAGCGGAUCCUGAAGGAAAUGGAAGAAGACCGGCUGAAGGAGCUGGAGCUGCUCCGAGCCAAAUACUCGGGGAGCGCUUUCUACAGAGAGGAGAACAAGCUGACCAUGAGGUACGACUGCGAAGCUCGCAACCGAGCUGAGAAGUCCAACGCCUUCCUGGCUGCGCCAACCAUCGCCGUGGCCGCGUCCUGCGGCGCCGUCGUCGGAGGCCUGUUGGGGCUGGUUGGGGGUCCGAUAGGCGCGGCGGUCGGAGUCGCCGCCGGAGCGGCUGUCGGAGCUGCCAUUGGAGUUUUGGCGAUAAAAGUCAAUGAAGGCUGCCAUGUGCAGUAAAACGUGAAGGACAGAACGUACCAAAGCUUUUCGUCGUCAUCAGAACCCGUUCGGUGAAUUUAUGUACAUUAUGUGAUAAAUCUUAACAGC